CAGUACAUGUGUUGUCUCAACGAUUGUAUGUCGAACAUGGCACUGAAGACCACGGAAAUGUGCCUGGUCAUGACAGUCAGGAUAUCACUGGAGCGCCACUGCAUAUACCUAACGAGACACAAGGAUCGAGGGAACGGAGUUCACCAUUCGACGUGCUCAUACUUGCAUCACUGACUUAUGAGAUGAAUACAUAUACGUAUGAACGCGUGGGAAAAGUAGGUGAACUUGUCCUGUCUACGCUUAUGUGCCGAACCGGCAUAUUAACACACCGGGCGGCUUCAUAAAUCGGACUUCAAAGAAUUGAAUACUUCGAAUCAAUCAUGAAGCCUAUCCAUUUAUCGACUCUUGAUCCGUGGACGUGCUUUAUACAGAACAUAUGGUAGCUUCGUUACAUGAACAACAGGGGCAGGAGCGUACGAUAGAUUACAUCAAACCUGGGAAGCAAAUGGUCGCAGACUCGACAUCUAUAGGAAUCACGGAUCACGUUUUGGAACAAGACGCGCUACCUUCUCUGCACGACUUCCUUGACGCAGACCCUAGACCAACUUUCUUCGUGCCAAUUGACCUUACUGCAAUAGUCCCUUUCAGGAUCGUAUCUGGCAAUACCGCAUUCCGACAGGACAAGAUAGCAGAUACAAUAAACAAGGAUGAAGAGGCGAGUCACAGAUUUCGUGCCUGGUGUCAAACAGUCGCGCUCUGGAGAAAAGAGUAUGAUUUCGCAGACGCGACUUGGGGCGCUUUCAAUAUCCGCGGGCGUUGGAGAUGCAUACGUGCUCUGAGACAGGUGCCCCAAUCUCACAAAAAGAUAGAAUUUGGGCUGGCAGUUGGCGUAGGGCCCGAUAGUCUUUCGGUCGAAGAUGCUAAGCACAGAUUGCAAGACAUAAAACGUUAUGACCAACGACUAGCCAGCCUUUACACGAUGAUGGAGAUGAGUGAUGUUGGGACUUUUGAAUACUCCCCUGAGGGUACUCUGAUUCGUGCGAACGACUCCUGGUAUCGUCUUAGCCUACAUCCAAAGCUUGAAGACCUCCACACUGAUUACUCGUUUAUGGAUCUCGUCUAUCCCCCAGACAGAGAUUUGGUUAUUGCACAAUGGAACAAAUUGGUUCAAGGCCAUAGCAUUACGUUCGAGAUGAGAUGGAAGGGUAUCAACUAUCGCCCUCCGAGUGAGGAUGAUCCAGGAGUCGAUGAUGUGACUUGGGUGCUGUCCGCCUGUGUCCCUAUCAUGGAUGAGAUGGGAAAUCUGGUAAGUGUGGCUGGAAAUACCGUUGACAUUAAUGCACAGAAGCGUGUGCAGGACGAGGCUGUCAAAAGGGCUGAAGCUCUCGAGCGCCUGCGGAAAAGUGAACACCGAUUCACGCGCUUCGCAAGUCUGGCACCAAUGGGUAUUUAUAUUCUGGACUCUACAAGACAAUUGAUGUAUUGCAACAACUUUGCCUACGAGUUUACUGGGCACCAGCACCUUCUUGGGGAUGACGUACAGAACAUCAAUUGGCGAGCAGCAGUAUUUGAGGAAGACCUGCCCCUGUUCAGAAAGCAGUGGGAGACACUUGAAAGUGAGAAGGUCAUGACCCGUGUGCAAGUACGAUUUAAUCGAACAUGGGAUCUUGGCGACAGUGUUCCGCGCCAAGUUUGGGGAGAAAGUCAAGCUUUUCCAGAGCUGGACAAUGACGGCAACAUCAUGUCAAUCUUCGGCACUAUGACCGAUAUCUCUCGGUUCAAGUGGGCUGAAGAUAUACUGAAAAGCCGAGUCGAAGAAGCACUGGAGGAGAAGCGAAAACACGAAGCUUUUAUUGACAUGACCUCACACGAGAUGCGGAACCCACUUUCGGCCGUCCUUCAGUGUGCAGACUCUACUAUCGAUACUUUGAAGAGCAUGCUUUCACUGGUGUCUCGAUCGAUGACAGGUACCGAGCGCGAACAAAUUGAUAGCGAGAUAAAGCUAUGCCUGGAUUCACUCAACACCAUCACAGCGUGCUCGCUCCAUCAGAAACGCGUGAUUGAUGACGUCUUAACCUUGUCCAAGAUGGACUCGAAUCUUCUUGCGAUUACUCCAGUUCGUUCAAAACCAGCAACCAUUGUGAGAGAUGCCAUGAACAUGUUUGAAGUUGAAUGCAAGAACAACGGUAUCGAAUUGACAACCGACAAGGAUCCAUCCAUUCACGAGCUGGAAGCCGACUGGGUGAUGAUAGAUCCGUCUCGGGUUCUGCAGAUUCUUAUUAACCUUCUAACGAAUGCAAUCAAAUUUACACGCAACAGGCCUACACGAAAGAUCCAUGUCAGAUUGAGCGCUUCCGCGAGUAAAUUUUCAUCUCCAGCUGGCGAUGGCUUUCCGUAUGUUCCCAUAACUCACACGGUAGGCGAUUUCCUCACCGGAGAGGACUGGGGCUCCGGGAGGAGAGUGUUUGUUCGGAUGGAAUGCUCUGACACUGGUUGCGGGCUAUCACUAGCAGAGCAAAGCAUACUGUUUAACAAAUUCGCACAAGCUACGCCAAAAACGCAUAUUACUUACGGUGGUAGUGGCUUGGGUCUUUUCAUCUCCAAGAAGCUCGCCGAACUACAAGGCGGAGCCAUAGGGAUCCGAUCCGAGCCAGGCGUUGGUACGACAUUUGCAUUCUUUAUCGCAACUCGGACAGCGCCUCCGCCCGAGAGACCCGCUAUACUGAGAACUAGGAGUCGUACACUUAGUCAAUCACGUCUUCCGCCCAAUAUCACAGACAUCAAAGUGGAGCCUGUCAAGGAUAGUUACGCGGUAUUACUUGUUGAAGACAAUAUAGUCAAUCAAAAAGUACUCUCGCAACAGCUGCGCAAGGCAGGCUGUAAAGUCCACAUCAGCAAUCAUGGUGCCGAAGCCUUGGAAUAUAUUCGUCGUACCGAAAUCUGGGAUUCGGCAGCGCAAUCGGAGCCACCCCUCAGUCUCACAGUAAUCCUGAUGGACGUAGAGAUGCCGGUGAUGGAUGGCUUAACCUGUACACGCAAGAUUCGCGAGUAUCAGCGAACAGGCGAGAUCAAAAGACAUGUGCCAAUCAUCGUAGUCAGCGCCAAUGCGAGAGGCGAACAAGUUGCACGCGCGAGGGAGGCUGGGGCAGAUGAUACGAUAGCAAAGCCAUUUAGGAUACUAGAGCUCUUACCAAAGAUCAAAACUUUGGUCGUCGGCGAAAAUCCCAAGCUUGUCUUUACCAGUCUCUAGUAUAUGUCGGACUUGUCCGUGCUAAAGCGGUCCUGAAGUUCCUUUACAUGCUUCCGCCAUACUUGCAAGACUUCCAUCAAUGUUCUGCUGUGAACGAACGAAUUUCCAGUCAGGCUGGCUCAGUUCAAGAUAUGUCCCUUCUGCUGAACUUCUGAUUCCCUAGUCUCGUAUUCCUGAGGAUGUCUUUACUAGGGAUAGCCUUUUAAGCGAAGGUUUUGCUGUCAGUGGCUGAACAGAUAGAUUGUAGUCAGAUGUAAUGUAAUGACAGUGGCUAGAGUAGUUAGAGA